UGCAGUUUGUAGCGUCCAGUCGUACGGUAAUCUUCGAAGAGUGGCCACGUAAACAAAUGUAUUAUUUUUAGUUACAUACAAUAACAAGUUGGUGAAGUUUAUUUUUUAUUGACGGACAAAAUUUGAAACAAGAUGUAUUCAAUCCUGCCAGCGCUCACCAUCAUCUUCGCUAUCGCGUCGCCAGCCGUGCGGCCCCAAAGAAUGGUGAAUAAAUUCCAAGAAGUGUAUGCGUGGAAACAGCUCACUUUCAAUAUUAAUGGAGUCAUUUUGGAUCGAGACCGCGAUAGCCCGGUGGGCUUGGAAACACAGUCUGAGAAUUCGUGGGUUAUGGAAAGUUCUGAAGAGCAAUCGGGAACCGGUUCUUCAACCCAGCAAUCCAGCAGUAACAGUGAUGCAAAUCGCUUCUUCAUCCAGUACAACAACGUUCCCAUGGGCAUGGAGAGAGUGGGAAAUAGGCUGUUCGUCACCAUACCCAGAAGACGUUAUGGAAUCCCUUCCUCCAUCAACUACAUAGACCUGGACAUGGAAACCAGCAGGUCUCCCGCCCUGAAACCGUACCCGGAUAUCCGGAUGGCUCAGAACAUAACCUCGGUGUACCGGACCCGAGCGGACUCCUGCGGCAGACUGUGGGCGGUGGACACUGGGCGAUUAGAAUUAACUGGUACCCAGAUUCAAGUGCAGACACCCGCCAUCUUGAUUUUCGACCUGAACACCAAUCAGCUCAUCCAUAGGUACACUUUGAAAGCAUCAGACUUGCCCGCCGAAGACACCCCUACAGGUCUAGCCUCGAUAACCGUGGACAUUACCAAUAACAACUGCGCCGACGCGUACGCUUACAUCCCGGAUCUGACCAGCUUCGGGGUGAUUGUGUACUCACUGAGAGAGAACGACAGUUGGAGACACACUCAUAACUAUUUCUCAUUCAACCCGCUGCAUGGCGCUUUGGACAUCGCUGACCAGCGCUUCUCCUGGAGAGACGGCAUCUUCAGCAUCACCCUUCUCCCUGGCUCUGGGAACUGCAAGACGGCCUACUUCCACCCCCUGAUCGGGACUGACGAGUUUGCUGUGUCUACGUGCGUCUUAAAGAACAAAAAUGCUAUGAGCAAUCGGGACUACUUUACUUACUACUAUGUAGUUGGAAACCGCGGCGAUAUGACCCAAUCCACCAUGCACGACUACCAUCCAGGGUCCCGAGUGAUAUUCUACGCGGAGAUCGGCAGAGAUGCGGUGUCCUGCUGGAAUUCCGGGACUCUCAUGAGACCUAGUAACAUCGCUGUCCUGGCCCGGGAGAGAGUCGCUAUGAGCUAUCCUUCUGAUCUCCACGUGACGGGAGACGAGGUGUGGGUGAUGGCCAACACCCUGCCCCGCUUCGGCUACUCUCGCUUCAACACGAACGACUACAACUUCUUCAUCUAUAGGGCCAAUGUGCUGGACGCGAUAGCAGGUACCAUCUGCUCGGGUGUCUCGUUCGCCACACGAGGCGGCUUUGACAACAGCACCGACAAUCAACUCUAAAGGAUUUAUUAUUAUUGACAAUUAUUAAUAAA